UGAGGCGGGCGCCGGGGCCGGGCGGGGCGGGCGGAGCCGGAGCCGCCGGAGCCGCCGCCGCCGCCAUGGGGCUGCUCAACUUCACCCGCGACCCGGUGCCGGAGGCGGUGAGCGGCGACAUGCACAACCUCACCCAGCUCAGCGCCCAGCAAUUCUCAGCGCUGACUGAAGUGCUCUUCCGCUUUCUAACAGAGCCCAAGGAGGUAGAAAGGUUUCUGACUCAGCUCUCAGACUUUGCCACCAUGAAUAAAAUCAGCUUGGGUCCCUUGAAAAGCAUUGUCAAAAGUAUUCUUCUGGUACCUAAUGGUGCCCUGAAGAGGAAUUUGUCUUCUGAACAAGUCAGAGCAGAUUUUAUUGCUCUAGGCCUCAGUGAAGAAAAAGCCAGUUAUUUUGCAGAACAGUGGAAGGUGAAUUCCCCCACCCUGACGCGCCUGGCUGUUGGUCAGACGCUGAUGAUUAACCAGCUGAUAGAUAUGGAGUGGAAGUUUGGAGUGACUGCUGGAAGCAGUGAACUGGAAAAAGUGGGAAGUAUCUUCUUACAGCUGAAGCUGGUGAUUAAAAAAGGGAGCCAAACAGAAAACGUAUAUAUAGAGUUAACUUUGCCCCAGUUCUACAGUUUUCUGCAUGAAAUGGAACGGGUCAAGACCAGUCUGGAAAGCUUCAGCUGAAAGUGCGCGGGUCUGACCCGACAUCUGUCCAGGAUGUUUAAUUUCUCCUCGUGGGCCUGCAGAUCUGCUCUUUCCCAGCUGACUCCUAACGCCCUGAUAAGAGAAGACAAGGCUGCGCAACCAGGGGUGGUGUCACGGCCCAGAAGGACCCAUCAAUCCCUCAGAACCUGCCACUUCAGCAAGUGUUUGAAAGAAGCUACAAGUCCAAUCAUCUGGUUUUUAUACUGUUACGAGAAAGCGUGGAAAUAUGUGGAUACUUGUAUUUAAAUAGCAAAGAAAUAAACGCAUUCCCAUCCUUCCCCA